AUGAAGAGUGUUCUUAUAUUUAGGAUUUUCGCGAUUCUAUGCAUUAGGUUAGUGAAUGCAUUCGGUUCAUCGAUCGAUUUUAAUGGAAAUAGGGUUGGGGAUUUCAGAUCUAGAAAUGAACCCGCCAUGAUCAUCAAAUACGAUAGAAUCGAUGAGGUUAAGAAAGAAUGUUCUUCAAUCUUGCCUCCUGAUCGUGAAUCCAACCACAAACCCUAUGGAAAACGAUUGUUUAGACUUAAAGAAAAAUUAUCGUUCGUUAAUGGCGAUUGGUGGGAAGAAUUGGGUAAGUCGCCAUUGAUGCCAUUUGAUAACAAAUUUAAUGGCGUAAAUGGUUCAUUGGAUCAAAGAUCUCCAUUGAAUUUGAUCUCUUUUUGGGUUACUGAUGUCGAUCGAGCUCAUCGAUCGAAGAAUUCGGUUAGCAUCAAUGGAGUUUUGCAGGUGGGAAUCACGAUUGGGGGUUUAUUUGGGUCGAAACCUUACGAUCGAAAUCCCGAGUUUAACAUCUACCCCGGGAAUUCCCAGUUAACGAUUUCGUUCCAAGGAAUUGUAGCUGAAACCGAAGAGAAUAAUGGGGAAACCGUAAUGUGUUUAUUAGGAAAUACUAUGCUGCCUUUUCGUUAUACCGAUUCUAAUAACCCGUGGGAUUGGGUUAAAGAACCGGGAUACAUGAACCAGCCGCCAUUGAUUGAAGAUGAUCGGAUUUUACUGGUCGUUCGUUAUCCGAAAACGUUUACAUUGAUCAAAAGAGGGAUUUAUGGCAGCUUGAAGAGUUUGAACCCGAAAUCGAGCCAAAAGUUCUUUGAUGAAGUACACAUUUCCGCUUCUUUAAGUUCAUCGGCAAACUACGAGUUUAGUUCGCAAAAACUCGUAUCUAAAGCUUGCGAUCCAUACCCUUAUAAAGACGGUUUCGCCGAUACGGGUGUUGGGAUGUAUAAAGGGACGGAUUUUUGUCUAAUUCUUGAACGGUUUACGGGUCAAGAUCCGUUGACCGUUGUGCCAAAUUGGAGGUGCAAUGUAACCGAUGAAUUUUGCAGCAAAUUGGGUCCUUUUAAGUCGGAUGAUCGUAUAAAAGCGACCAAUGGAAGCUUUAAAGGCGUAGAAUUGAGUUUUCAAGAUCUUCGAUGUGAAGAAACGGCUAAAAACCGCGGAAUUACGAAGGUUGCAGCGCUUAUCAGAGUCGUUUCACCGUUAGAGGAUCGUUAUAAUGCAGCACAAAGAACGGGAUUGAAUAACAUGACUCUUUCAGCUGAAGGGAUGUGGGAGUCUUCGAGCGGGCAGCUUUGUAUGGUUGGUUGUCGUGGAGUUUUCGAUCAAAACCAAGAUCAAGAUCAAGAAAUCAACGGUUGUGAUUCGCGUAUCUGUUUAUACGUUCCCCUCACGUUUUCGAUCAAGCAACGAAGCAUCAUUCUCGGGACAAUUUCGAGCGUUAAAGAGGGUAACGGAUCGUUCUUUCCGUUAUCGUUCGAGAAACUUGUGCGCCCUUCGGAGCUUUACGAUCAGUACACCGAGUCUCGUCCGUAUUAUGAAUACUCCAAGAUUGCAUUGGCGGGUGCUGUUCUCGAAAAGAACGAGCCGUUCAGCUUCGGAACCGUGAUCAAGAAAUCGAUCUUGACUUUCCCGAAAGUCGAAGAUGCCGAUUCGUUUCUUGUCAGUCUGUCUCUACUAGCCGAGGAUCUCACACUUCACCACCCUGCAGUGCUGGAUUCUGGCCAUUUUCCGGCAAGAACUGAUGUCCAAAUCGAGAUUUUAUCGCUCGGCCCGUUGUUCGGCCAUUACUGGUCGCUCCAAAACGAUUCGAGCGUAGAAGAAGACACUCCGUAUCACUCGAGCAAAACGUACACUGAGAGGCAGCUUCUAUUGAACGUAUCGGCUCAAAUUAGUCUCACCGGACCGCAAUUCGGUAACUUUUCGAAUCUUUUCGUAGAAGGGUUGUAUUAUCCGCUUGUCGGGAAAAUGUAUAUGGUCGGUUGCCGGGACGUACGAGCCUCGUGGAGUAUUUUAUACGGAAGUGCGGAUCUUGAAGACGGGUUGGACUGUUUGAUCGAAGUUGUGGUAUCAUAUCCACCGACCAAAACCCGUUGGCUCGUUAAUCCAACAGCUCGGAUCUCGGUAUCGAGUCAAAGGAACGCGUUUGAUCCUUUGUUUUUCAAACCGAUCAAACUCCAAACUGUUCAGAUCAUGUAUCGGGCUCAACGGGAAGAUGUUCUUUCUCGGAGAGGUGUUGAGGGAAUCUUACAGGCUCUUACGCUUUCAAUCGCAAUCGGUUGCAUUUUGAGCCAAUUGUUUUACAUCAAAGAGAAUUUGGACUCGGUUCCUUACAUAUCGCUCAUGAUGCUAGCCGUUCAAGCACUCGGGUACGGGAUUCCACUCGUUACCGAAGCUGAAGCGCUCUUCAAAAAGUCGGAAUCAUAUGAUAACUCUUCGGUUCUCGAGAGGAGUCAAAUGAUUCGAGUUAUAGAUUACACCGUCAAGAUUCUUGUACUGGUUUCAUUCUCGCUAACUCUGAGGCUCUUCCAAAAAGUUUGGAGAUCCCGAAUCCGAUUACUCAGCCGGUCCCCGCUUGAAUCGCACCGUGUGCCAUCCGACCGCCGGGUUCUCCUCGUUACCGGGCUCAUCCACGUGCUCGGUUUCAUAUGCGUGCUUAUCAUCCACAAGCUACAAUCAUGGUUGGUCGAACUCGAGGAAUAUGUAGGUCUAAUUCAAGAUUUCUUUUUGCUUCCACAAGUUAUCGGUAACUUGAUAUGGCAGAUCAAUUGCAAACCCUUACGGAAAUCGUAUUUCGUCGGGAUAACCAUAAUCCGACUCCUCCCGCACAUUUACGAUUACGUACGAACCCCGAUCCCGAACCCUUAUUUCUCCGAGGAAUACGAGUUCGUAAACCCGAAUCUUGACUUCUACUCCAAGCUCGGCGACAUUGCAAUUCCUACAACAGCGAUUCUUCUUGCGAUUGUGUUAUAUGCUCAACAAAAAUGGAGUUACGAGAAGCUUGGUGGGAUUCUCAGUUUCCGAAAGUUCUCGAUUUUACCGAGGCGGUCCGUGGCGUAUGAACGGUUGCCGCCGGUGGCGGCGGAGGCGGAGCUGACUUCCAGCGUCAAUGGAGGCGCUGUAAGGAGGAAGGAGGUGGAGGUUGAGGUAGAAUGAAUAGGUGCCGUUUUGAUGCUUUUUGGGGUCGUUCCAUAUCGUAAAUGUCGACACACUUCAACUUUGUAUAACGUGACUUCAUUUUUGCAUAUAUA